AUGCACAGCUUAUUCCGUGAACAACUCCAAUCAUUUCUCUAUGCUUACAAAGAGCCAAUGAAAGAGAGAGGCGUCCCAUUGAUCUUCGACGCCUCAAAAGAGCACCAAUAUCGAAAGGAAUUUUUCAAAGAAGACGCUUGGGAGAAAUUGGAAAUAGCGAAGAAGAUGAAAGUCGGUUUCGCUGUCAAAACGAACACCGACUACGACGGGGCGUUGGAUCGAGAGAGUCCGUGCAGAGAGAAGACGAUCUCGUUCAAGAAGAAUCAAUUCCUACAUAUACAUGCGAGAUAUUCAGUCGAUUGGUGGAUUGGGAGACAUGUCGAGAAAAAGGCGAAAAUGGGGUUUAUCCCGACGGCGAAACGAAUUGGAAAGCUGGAGAAAUGUCUGGAUGAAGAAGGGACGAGAUUGGGCCAAUCCUCUAUCUGGGAAUGCUCUCCUCCAUUCACUGUUGUCCCCUCGACUCGUCCAAUCAUUUUCGUCGGUCCCGCUUUCCACGGAUCACAAAUUACUCAAUUGAUGCACACCGCGUUGCGCAGUGAAUUGACGAAACGAAUGGGUGAAAGAGUGAGGAAAUUCAAGAGUGAUAUUGGGCGGAAAUGGAUGGGACGGAUUGAUUACGAAGAAAGCGAACGAGAGCUGAAAACGAUCACAGCACUCUGUGAGGAUUUGUCGAUUAUUUUGCUAGAAGCACCACACGUAAACACUCCAUUAGAUCUGACAGGAAUCCAUUUGGCGCCAAUCUUUGUGCAAAUUCGUGUCAGCAAUCGGAGUAUUCUGAUGCGUUUAAUGAACAAAACAGGGAUUCAAAAUAAGAAAACAGAGUUGUGUGGGGUGGAUCUGUUGAAUAGUUUACCCCGUGAUCUUUUUGAUGUAAUCAUUGAGGAAAAGGGUUUACCAGAAGCAACAAAGAGAAUGUGCUCGUUUCUUGAAGAUUACUGGACGGCCACACAUCCGACUUAUGAAGAUAUU